UGAAAGAGUUGUUGGAAGCAGCGUGGAGAGAGAGGGAGAGUGGAUGUGCAGUCAGAGAAAGCCCAAAGGGAGGAAGCAAAGUGCUAGUGGGAAGCGAUAAAGCAACACAAUGGAGGUGCAGACGGAGUGUGCGGAUCCCUCUGCGGCCCCUCCGUGCGACCCCCGGCCCACCGGGAAGAUCAACAAAGCUGCCUUCAAGCUCUUCGGAAAGCGACGUGCCGGCUCCGGAAUGGCCAGCUUCUUCUCUUUCAGAAACAAAGGGGCCACGCUGAGCAGGACAAAUGGGCAUUCUGACACUGGGAAUUCGGUGAAUGGGAAUGGUUCAAUGUCAUCAGUUGAGCUGGUGAGAAGCAAAACACACGAUGGACUCACUGGGUCCAUCAACGAUGCUGAUGGACAGAGAGGGGAGGGGCUGUCUGUCCUGGAGACAGGAACUGUGAGGUCUCUGAGCAAAUCGCUAAGUUUCUUCUCUCUACUGAGACGUGGGAGUCUUAAGUCAAGUGAAAACGGUGCGGGACUUGUGCGAAGAGGGAGGGGCUUGAAGGGGUUUUUCAGUAGCCUCCGUUGGCGACGUAAGGACAAAACAAACGAGGGAGACGGGGAAGAGUUGGAACCCCAGAAGGAGAAGGAUGUGGAUAUUGCAGACCCUGAAACGGCAAAGGAUGUCGCCCUUACCCUUGACCCGACAGCACAUUAUCACCAGGAGGAUCAUGGGAAGACAGAGGCCGAAUGUAACCUCCAAGCGGCCGAGGCUCACGCUACCAGUGUUUCACUGACACCCACACACUGUGUGGUCGUGCCGGGCCCAUCUGGUGAGCCAGAUUCCCCCUCUCCUUACACACCCGGUGACUCCCCUUUGUACCCUGCCACCAGCAAGGCCAAAGCCUCUGUCUCUAGCCUCAGCCCCUCACUCGCCACACCGCCUUUGGAGUGUUGCAGCACGGCCGACCCGCCCUCGGAACCCUCGGUGGACCGCCUGUGCUCUCUUCUCUUCAAUGACGUCACAUCCCUCAAGAGCUUUGAUUCACUCACCGGCUGCGGGGACAUCAUUGCCGAUGCAGAUGAGGAGACGGCGGGUAAUGGGGGCAGUGGUACUAGUAGCAGUAGCAGUGGUGGAGGGGGAGGGGGGAGUGUAGGCGGAUCAGGUGUUGGGAGGCCGCUGGGAGCCACCUGCGCCGCAAAUCGUGGCUCCCCUUCGAAAGCUCCUCUAUCUUCCACGCUAACACAACCCUUGUUCACUUCAUCUUCUGGCCCGGCUUCAGUUCCUGCCCGUGCCGCGGUGCCCUCCACCCCUCAACCACCCCCGGUGGGCAGUGGGGUGGUGGCCUAUAUGGGUGGCGGGGAGGAAAUGGCGAGUCCAGAGGGAGUGGACGAUGCUGACAUGCAAGGGCUUUGGCAUAUGCUGCCUUCAACCGGGGACAACUCCCCUGCUUUGCCCCGAGCACACCAACCCUCCUGCACCACUCCCACCUCCACCUACCCCCUUCGCACCCUCAACUCCGCCAGCUGCCACCAACCUUCAACCAAUGUAUGUGUGGAUCGUAAGACGCUGCAGGUGAAAUCUUUGGGCCUCAGUAAGAUUCCAGUGGUUGGUGGAGCAGGAAGUCGAGCGACAAAAUCCCUCCUACCUCAUGGUCGUCAUCCAACGUCACCUGGGGACAAAGAGCCACUCAGCGACGAAGGCUACUGGGACACACCCUCGGCGACGCCUACAGCAACACCUGAGGAAAGUGGGCUGCGGCAAAGGCACAAUAUGUCACGUGAUAGUUGCUCUGGUGACCACCUGUACGACCUCUACAAUGACCCAGAAGGUCCAGUGGACGAUGACGACCAAAACAGUUCUUCCUCCUUGUCAACCGAAUACAAACUCAGCCCUCCUUCCUCCUCCUCCUCUUCUUCAUUCCGGUCAAUAAAAGGCAGCGCCAGCCUUCCCCGGGAAUCUAAGAUUCCAGUCAGCGCCAGACAAACGACACCGCCACAGUCAGCCAGCCAAUCAGCGCUGUCGUCUGUCCUGGAGUCUGAAUCGUCGCUGCCAAAGACCCAAGCACCUCCUCCGGCUCGCACCAGAAUCCCCGUAUCCAAGAGCCAAAGGUUUUCCUACGCCAAGAAAAAUGUUGCGCUGUGCAGUUAACGGCCCAUGAAUUCCUUUUGAAUCUUAAAAGCUCUCCUUCCCAAAAGGCUAGAAUUGUGCAAUGCGCGCUUGUUCACCUGAGAAAAGUCGCAAGGAGACUCCAAAAAACCUGGGUUAACCUCUUCUAGCUCUCACUGGAACUUCGAAGCUUGACCCUUGACAAUCCAUGAACUCUGAAAAGUUCACUUUUCAAUUACCUGCAAAAAGGCCUCACUGCGAGUUGGAGGAUUUCAAAGCUUCAAUUCAUGAGUGCAUACUGAAAAAAUAAGCUGUUUUUCUCAAAUCUUUUAUGAAGUUACACAUUUAAAUGAAUUUCCUCUUGACGAUCACUCAUCUCAUCCCUAACAAAAGGACCUUUGAUUCUCCCCAUUUAAGAACCAAAGUAUCAUUCCUAAAUAGUUUGGAACAGAAUGUUGGGAUGCAAGGCUUUUUUUUAUCAUGGAUUUGCACCCCGAUUAAACAUCUGCAUGUGAAACAAAAAAAAAAAUCAUUGCCACAGAGAUGUGAAGGCUUUUAAUACAUUUCUAUUUUGAAAGCAAUACAUGGUUCAUGAAAGGUCCCACCACUUUAGCACUUUGCAUACAAAGACUUCAAUUGUGGAGGGCUCCAAUUUGGCUUCUGCAUCCCAAAUUUCUGCAUCCCAAAUUUCCUUAAAACCAAUUGCACCAUGGGAAGUUCAGACACAUCAAUCUUUUUUUUUUUUUUUUUUUUUUUUUACAAAAAAAAUCACUGUACCUUAUUGGAAAUGUCAGUACCUAUUGGCAAUAUAUUAAUGCAUAAACACUAGCAUUACUUUUUACUCCCUCUGCUUUCAGGGCUACACAUGAAAAGCACAAAGGUCAGGGAACACACAUCAACACACCCACAUUCAAAAUUUGUACUUGCAGCUCCACUGGAUGGCUUUCUAUGCUAAGAACACAUACAAAAAUAACAUUUCUGCAUGUAGUGCUUUUCUUUUAAACAGCUUUUUAUAUGCCAACAUACGGCACGGACUCAAACUGUGACUGCUCCAGUUUUCUAAUGCAUCUCUUCUUUCCAAUUAAAAAUUGUUGUAAAUGGUUUAAAUAUGGGAAUAAUUGCUUCUGGAAUAUGACUGCCACAUGACCCACCAAAAAGAUGAAAGGAAAGGGUUUCAAAUGAAAAUGUACGUAACUACUGUAUUCUAUCAUUGGACUGAUAUGUUUAAAAAAAAAAAAAAAGCCAUUGUGUGUUGCUGAAAAAGUAAACACUGUAGAAACGAGGAGCUAUUUCAGGUGUUUAUGAAAACUGAAUGUAGCUUGGCAUCUUUGUAGAUCAAGGAUUAGUAUAUAUAUUUUUGUGUGUCUGCAGGAUUUUAUAGGAGCAAGACAAAUGACUGUACAGUUUUUAAUCCCUCCCCUGUAACCUGAGCCGAUCAGCAAAGUUGUUCUCAACACGAACAGUCCCCAAAUGUAUUUUAAUAGUGGCACAGUGCAACACAGAGCAGGUAUUUCUCAGCCCUCAGUUAAACAGAGGUACUUUUAUAUGCAAAGCCAUUUGGGACUGUGCACAUUUUCUAUCCUCCGAACAACAAGGUGGUCUUUCCCGGUCAUGAUAAUGCUUCCAUCUCACUUGUAAUUAUUGAUCCAUGACACAGCUCCGGGUUCACAUAUCAUUGACUUCCCUGAUGGUAAAACGUAACCUGAUCCCAAGUUCACAGCAAGAAAGUUUUUUUUUUUUUUUUUUUUUUUGCUGGGUACAAAGAGGUUUAAUUUGCAAGCAUUUUCCUUACGUGUGUUAUUUGACUGUUGGUUAGGAAAGGGUGGUGAUAACUUGGAUCGAUGACAGUUGCCUGGUGUUCUUUAUUUUAUUGAUAUUUAUACUGAGAUCAAACAAAGAGACAAAACAUUUAAUUUCCCUCCAUAAAUGCCACAUCAAACUGUGACUUUACAACGAGUGAUUACUCUUCAGUCCGUAUAGUAUAUAUAGUCAUGUCUUCUCAUUCUGGUAUCACCUGAUUUUCCGUUUCCACUAUGAUAUAUGAAAUAUUGUAAAAUAACUCUGUUCCACGGAGUUAUCUAUUUUCUGUCCUCUUUCAUUACAAAUGUGGCAAUGAAAACCACAUCUAGCUUCUCCUCUUCGUUUGUUUGACCAUCUGUCAGCCAACAGUGUGAAAUCUUUCCAUUUUCAUAUUUAACAAAUAAACGUGUUUG